AUGAGAUUUAUGAAAAGUGAUAAGGGCAAUAAUAUUGUUGUUAUGACAACAGAAUCCUAUAAGGAAGGGGUUUUGAAACUUUUGAACAAUACAGUAGAAUAUGAAUUAAUUUCACUUUUCGAGAUACAUAAACGACAAGGUGCUAUACACUCAUAUUUAUAUGAAGCCCUUAUGGAGGGUGACAUUAGUGGUGAUUUGUAUGAUUUCUGUGUUAUUGAACAUCCACGUAUAGGAAUUUUUUUUGGAAUUCCGAAAUCUCACAAGUCUUUAGAAAACCCCCCUUUUAGACCCAUUGUAUCUUCCUCUCAUUCCAUCACGGAAGGUUUAGCACUGGUUAUUGAUGCACUACUUGGUCCUACUAUUCAACAAGAAGUGUCUUUUUUAAAGGACUCUUGGCAUUUUUUAGCAAAAUUAAACACAUUUUUGACAACAUUUAGUUUUGAUCCCACAUUACAUGUGAUGAUUACAGCAGAUGUAGUAUCAUUGUAUUCCUGCAUACCUCAUGAUUUAGGAAUUGAAGCUGUGAAUAAUUUCUUGUUGAAAUAUUACAAUGGGUUUUCUAAAAGAACAGUUUCAUUAAUAUGUAGGUUUCUAGAGAUUAUUUUAGAAAAUAAUUUUUUUGUAUUUGAACAAACUUAUUAUAGGCAAAAGAAAGGAGCAGCUAUGGGGUCUUCAGCUGCUCCUGCAUAUGCCAAUGUAGUCAUGGCAAUGUGGGAGCGUGAAUUCAUGCCCUUUUUGGUUGAUAAGUAUCAUAUCAUGUUCCACUGCCGUUUUAUUGAUGAUCUGUUCUUUAUUUUGGACCGUAAGGACUUGGAUUUAGGUUUGUUCCUUAGAGAUAUGAAUUCAUUCUCAACAUUUAUCCAAUUUGUUAUUGGUGGUAAUGGCAUCAAUAUAGAUUUUUUGGAUGUCAAUUUAAUGUGGGAUAGUGAGGACAUGAGGCUACAUAGUUUAAUUCACAGGAAACAUACUUUUAACAAUGGGUAUCUUCAUUAUAAAAGUGGACAUCCAAAACAUGUCAUUUCCAAUAUUCCGAAAGGACAGUUCAUUAGAGCUAGUCGCAUGACUUCAAAAAAUUCUGAUGCCCUAAAUGAAUUUGGAUUUAUUAUUUCCCUAUUUUUAGAUAGGGGUUUUCCACUAAAUGAACUUACGGAUAUUGCCACAGAUGUUUUCCGUAGACGUACCACAGAUUUUGCUCCAAUAUUGUGUUUAAUGUUUGACAAUAUCAACACAAAGCCAGUUAGGGCCAGUGAUCAAUGUAACACUCACAAAAUCUGUCUUGAGGUUCAUGUCAUUAAAAAAAUGCUCCGAUUACAGAUGGCUGAGAAGCACAGGCUCUUCGUUCUUUGCUUAGCCUUCCUGAUACUUCUUACCACUGUGAGAACUCAGCAGCUUCAAGGAUUUGAGACAGCUACUGGUGUUUGUACAUGUAAUCUGAAUUUGUCUGUAUGGGAUUUUCCAAUCCAGGACUUUAAAACACUUGCAACACAAGUCGAACAGUGUAUAAGUUCUGUGAAGGAUGCGAAUGCCCAGGUUGUCGCUAGGGAGUCCAGAAUUCAGGAUGCAUCAGCAACCUUAAAGAAUCUGUCAGAUCACCUGAAGCAGUUUGAGAAGAUCAAUGCUGAAGGAUUAUACAAUCCUCUCAACUUCCGUCUUUUGGAACAGGAAGUCAAUGAACUAGGCUCCAAGCUUCAGGAUGCCAAGAAAGGAAAGAUCACAGAUGAACUCCUACAGGAACUUGUUAGUGAGGUUGUCGCUAGGGAGUCCAGAAUUCAGGAUGCAUCAGCAACCUUAAAGAAUCUGUCAGAUCACCUGAAGCAGUUUGAGAAGAUCAAUGCUGAAGGAUUAUACAAUCCUCUCAACUUCCGUCUUUUGGAACAGGAAGUCAAUGAACUAGGCUCCAAGCUUCAGGAUGCCAAGAAAGGAAAGAUCACAGAUGAACUCCUACAGGAACUUGUUAGUGAGAUUGAAGACGUCCAAGGAAAGGUUCAGAACAUGCAGAGCUAUGACAAAACGAACCUUUUAUACUUCAGGGAUAAAGUGAGGAAGAUAAAGAAUCGCCUGCAGUCCUGUAGCACUUAUGAUAUAGAAAACAUUCAAUGUUACAGUCGACUGCUGUCAAACAUCAGUGAGCCUCUUGUGUCUGAGGUGAAUCACCAGGGGACAUCCUAUCCAUUUGGAGCUUGGGGAAAAGACAGCAUGGUAGGACAACCUGAUAAAUACUGGAUGUAUGUACUGAUCAGCUCACAUAUCUAUGUCAACUACAUGAGAAUCUACCCAACCUUUGGCAAUUUUGUAAAGAAAACCGGCUACACAGAUUUGGCCCUAACCUCAUCCCAUACUACAACCAAUUCGAUAAUGGGCCCUGGUGGUAUCCUGUAUAACAAUAGUCUAUACUAUAACUGUUAUCGAGCAGGAGACAUCUGCAAGUAUAAUGUAGUAACACGUGCCAUCACAUCUUCAACCAUUCCAGGAGCUGGAUAUAAUGACAAAUUUCCUUACUGUUAUUAUUCCUGUUACACUUAUACUGAUAUUGAUUUCUCAGCAGACGAGAAAGGCCUGUGGGUUAUAUAUGCCACUGAAGCAAACUACGGCAACAUUGUGAUAAGCAAGCUGAACAGUGAAACUUUGAAUAUCACACAGACCUGGAACACCCGUCUUUUUAAAAGAGCUGUAACAAAUGCCUUCAUGGUCUGUGGCAUGUUAUAUGCUACCCGUUUUGUCACAGCUGAUGUAGAAGAGAUCUUUUACAUGUUUGACACUGAGACCAGCUCUGAGCUAAGCACACUGAAAAUACCAUUCACUAAAAUUGGUGGCCGAGUUUCUAAUAUCCACUACAAUGCCAAUGACAAACGAUUGUAUGUUUUCAAUGAGGGUUACAUGGCUGCUUAUGAACUCUACUUUUAAAAGGUUUUGUUUAAACAUUUCAGCUUCUUAAAGCAAUUAGUUAAAAUUCCAUCCAUUAGACCAAACUUCCUAAGUUACCAUUCCCAAACAGAGAGAAAGAGAGAGUGGCAAAAAUGGACAUUUCUAGCACUGAAUACUCACAGUAAUUACUGCAAAGUUAUCAGUUUUGGGAAGACAGCUCUGUUAUAGCCAAGGACUUCAUACCUCUAGUCUUGCUGCAUUACUUUUGCAGUGGAAGUUUUAUGUGACUGUAAUAAAACUUACUGCUUCUAUUCCAGCAUCAAUACUCCCUCCUAAAACUGGUUGAGUAUGUAGCUUAUGGCCCCCCUCCCCAAGAAAACUAAUGUGACAGCAUGUUGUGAUUUUUGCAAGAACAGUCUUAGUCUGUAGUAAACUUUCUUCAUUUUAGCUGGUAUCCCUGUAUCAUGGUUAAGUUUACUAAAAAUGAAACAUUUUGGACACCCCUGAUGG